GACAGACAGACAGACAGACAGACAGUUGGACAAAUCCUCCAUAAUUGAAAAGUUUUUCCUCUAGAAGUAAAGAAUAGCAUUUCAGAGAAAGAGGAUAAACGUCAUAGGCAGGAGAGAGGAUCCUUAAACAGAGCAUCUAAACUGGAAUUGUCGGGGGGAGAGUGGAAGGGUACUACAGGAUGCUUCUGGGCAGCAUGAACCGUCCAGGGGUGGUCCCUGCCUUCUUCAGGACCCCCACAGUGAUCCCACCCCCCCUGGACAUGAAACAGUUCCUGCAGUUCCCAAUGGACACAGCUCCACCACAACACAGCAUGGGCCUCUUCCACAACUUCAACACCAACAGUUACUCAACAAUGGACCCGGUACAGAAGGCAGUGAUGAACCACACCUUCGGCCCCCCCAUGAUGAAGACCAAACGACCCAUCAUCUCCUGCAAUGUCUGCCAGAUCCGCUUCAACUCAGAAAGUCAGGCAGAGGCCCACUAUAAGGGGAACCGCCAUGCUCGGAGGGUAAAAGGCAUUGAGACCUCCAAGACUCGCCCCCAGGAGGGUGACAAGCUGACCACUCUCCCCACAGCCGCCCCCUCUCCACCAGGCCCCUCACCAUCCAGCCCAGGCCCUAACCCUAGCAAACAGGAUGACGUCCAGUCCCGCCCACAUUCAAACGGCUCAGACAUGACACCCAGCCCCAUCCCCAUGUCGGUCCAAGACACCUCCCUGCUCCCUGUGUGUCCAUCCCUGCCCCCUUUGAGUACACCUAUGCCCACCACCUCCACCUCCAUCCCCUCCCCGGCCCUUUGUGCCCCCCAGGUGGACACCCCCAUGGCGGGCCCCCCUGACACCCUGACCCUGGCCCCCAGCCUCUUGUCAGGGGAGUCUGAGGAGGACAAGGCCAAGAAGCUGCUCUACUGCUCACUGUGCAAAGUGGCCGUCAACUCCCUCUCUCAGCUAGAGGCGCACAACAAAGGUACCAAACACAAAACCAUCCUGGAGGCAUGGAGUGGGCUGGGCCCCAUAAAAACGUACCCUCGGCUGGGCCCUAACCUGAGCCCAGACCAGGCAGGGGGGCUGCCCUCGGACCACAACACUCAGGAACGCACCUUCCACUGUGAGAUCUGCAACGUGAGAGUGAAAUCUGAGCUGCAGCUCAAACAGCAUAUAUCCAGUCGAAGGCAUCGGGAUGGAGUCGCAGGGAAGCCCAAUCCCCUCCUUAGCCGGCAUAAGAAUCGCACAGACUUUGUGUCAUCCUUGACCUUCUCAAAGGAAUUUCCAAAAACUCUGGGCCAUGGACUGUUUCCUAACCCCCUGGCUGUUGCCGCGGCGAUGGCAGCCGCUGCCUCCUCCAAUCAGCUGGCUCAGCUGCGUGCCCCUGGUCCCAUUUCUCACACUCAGAACUACCAUCCCCACCACCACCUCUUACAGGGCACACUACAAGGCACGCACCUCAGCCUCCUAAGGCCCGCCCCUGGGCCUAUGCGCACCACCCAUGGGCCAAUCCUCUUCUCCCCUUAUUGACGGUGAUGGGAUGGGGCACUAUCAGGAAGGAGCACACUGUGAAGUAAAACAGGAAAAACCAUUGAUAGAUAAUAAACAGAUGUUAAAACUUAAAUAUUUGAAAUAGGAAAGACUAUGCCUUUUCCUCUCUACCCUUCUACCCUUUUUUGUUUAAUAAAUUCCAAAGCAAAGGAUGGACAUCUUGCAGACAUUUUAAAGAGGAAGGAUGCAUGACAGACUAAGAUGGACUUUUUGUCAAUGCUUUCCCUCCGUUAACCCUCCUCUAACCUUCCGUUAAAAAUAUUUGUACAGGUCAAACUUGUAUCCUGGCUGAGGGUGACUCAGUAGACUGAGUGUUCUAUUUCCUCCACAUCUCUGCAUUUCUGGUUCAGUGAACUCCCACCCAAAACCAUCUGCAAUAUACGUUGCAUACUGCAAAACCCUGUUGGGGUGUUCAAUAAUCCAAGUGCAGUACCUAUCUACAGGUGUAGGAUCUCAAUUGUAUCAACCUGUUGCAGAAAAUUUGUAGUGUAUUUGAGUCCUAAAAAGGCCUAUGGGGUUUGUCAUUUCCACUUUGAAAUUUCAGACUUGACUUUCCCUUAUUAAAAUGGAUCGACCCCCACAAAAAUGUCCAUUAAUUAUAAUCCACAUAAUAAUUCACAUUUCCUGUUGCUGCAGGAUUAUUUCCUGCUGUAGCAAACUGGAUAAAAUGAAGAUCCUACAUCUGUACCCCACUCUGUAGUUCCAGGUUCUAGAUUAGGUGCCUGCUCUGCAGAUCCAGGCACAAGGUACAUUGUACUGUAUGUUUCCAGGUUCUAGAUAUAUGUUCUAGUGUUGUGUUGAGGAUAAUAGAUGUUAGUCUCUAUAUCCUCUGUUGUCAGAUCAGGUGAGAGAGAGAGAGAGAAGUGAAGGAAGCAAGGAAGGAAUAGAGAAACCCCACUGUGACUCAAGGCAGAAAUGUGUACUGAAUGCACCAAGGUAGAGCUAAAUGUUUUUAAGAAAUCUGAAUAAGAUAUUUUAAGAAAUGUGAAUGAAUGCAAUGAAAAAUGAUGGACUUGUGAUAAACCAUUUAUUUAACUGUUGUUUUCUUAGCAUACCUCCUCUUUCAGUCUUAUUGUCUGUAAGAAGUCAGAGAGAAAGGGAGAGUGGGACAUGUUACGGACUGGAACUGUUACGAGAAGUCAAUUAGUUCCUUUGAGCAUUCUUCCAGUUUCUGCCCUUGUCUUAUAUUUUUGUAUGUCUGGUGUCAAAGUGUUGUGUUUCUGUGUGUGUGCGUGUGUGUGUAUUCUGGAGAUAGGUAGAGAUGGAUGAAGCACGCCAUUAUGCCUCAAUGGUGACCCCUUUCAUUCAAACUGGAAACUACUCAGCGAGACAGCUAAUUUUAGAACCUUUACUCAAAACGUAAGUAUGUCUGCACAGUCCCAACAAAGUGUAGUAUUAGGGUGUUAAGGGAAUUGUUUCUACACAGUUAACAACAGGGGGAAGCUUAGGGAUAUCUGAUGGCACCAGCCUCUUCUAGUGAGAACACAAGGGCGGUGGGUUCUCCCUUCCAGGAGUGAUUGCUGACCUGUGACCCUAUACCCAGAUGGUAGCAUGUUGAGUGUGGUGUGAGUGAGAAACACUGUGAUGGAUGUUUGAAGUGAAGAAGUAGGACACGUUUGUUACAGUUCACAAAGGGGAAAUUAAUAUGAACCUGUAUUUUCUCUCACAUGCUCAUCACAAGCAGCGAUGUGAGUGAUAGUAGUAUAAUAUGAGAUAUCAAGCCAAAAUUUCCUCCAGAGUAAUGAAAUGAAUCACAUAUUUCCACUUUAAGAGGAGACCGUUGUCCUAUUCUGCCUCAUGUACACUACCGGUCAAACGUUGUAGAACACCAAUUAAUUUAAGAGAUUUUCUUUAUUUUUACUAUUUUC